AUGGCUUCCUUGAGUGGCCCGUCUUCAGGGUCAUCAACCGUGACGCAAAUCUCAGUAUUGUCUGAGGAUUUGCAGAUGGGUGAAAGGAAAAGGAGGUCGAGGGUGAGGAAGAAGAAGCAUUUGGAUGAACUAACUGCUCAGGUAACUCAGUUGAGGAACGAAAACCGUCAGAUCAUUACAAGGGUAAACAUCAUAGUGCAGCAUUACUUGAAUGUGGAGGCUGAAAACUCAGUGCUGAGGGCUCAAGCCAAGGAGCUUAGUCGCGGAUUGCAGUGUUCGGAAGAGAUGAUUAGUUUCUUGAAUGGUGAAGAAAACAUGUUUAAGGCUUCAAGUGUACAACACUUGGGGUUGCUUGGUUUUAAUUAUAGAAUAAAUAAUAUAUGA